UGAUGCGAAAGUAAAGAAGGAAUAAAAAGAUAAAAGAACUAGCGGUUGAAAUUGAAACUCGAUAGAAAGGUGAAACAAUAUCGAAACCAACUUCUCUGUGCGGUGAGAUUCGAGAAAAAAAUGGAGAUUACAAAGCAGCAACUGAGCGCAUACAACGGCACAGAUCCAUCGAAGCCGAUAUACGUCGCCGUGAAGGGUCGUGUGUUCGAUGUCACCACCGGCAAAUCGUUCUACGGUCCCGGCGGAGCCUACGCGAUGUUCGCCGGCAGAGACGCGAGCAGAGCACUGGCGAAGAUGAGCAAAAACGAAGAAGACAUCACGUCGUCGCUGGAUGGACUCACCGAGAAAGAGAUCGGAGUUCUCAAUGAUUGGGAAACGAAGUUCGUCGCUAAGUACCCUGUUGUUGCAACGCUUGUUGAUUGAUUCAACUCUAUAUGUCAUGAAUUAUUGUGUUCUGGAGUGUGUUUGUAUGAAUCUGUUGUUGAAUCCCCUUUGUUUUAAUAAUGAUUAGAACUUUGAAUUUGUAGAAAGGGGUUUUGUGUUAACUUAAUGCUUAUUGUGCUAAUGGGAAAUAAUGUUUUACUUAUCGUUUGAAUCAUUCAAUAAAUUAACAUUGGCGUGA